GUUUACUGCUGCGCACAGUUUACUAGUGCUGUAGGGAGCACAAGCCUUUUCACACACUCGUCCUGUCAGGUGAAGAUGCACUCUUUGACUGAACAAAGAAGAAAUGCAAAGGAACUCCAAUGCAUCUAAAUGUGGACUUUGCUCAUUUCUCCUUGCCUAAGCCAGCCAGAUGAACACACACACAACAGCCCACAAGGCCAAGAUAAGGCAUCUGUGCUCCUGCCUUGUCCUGUGCUUGCACUUGGUCUCUGGUGCAGUACCUGGUCCAUGUGGACAUUCUGUGACUGAGGAACAUCUCCUGACUUUAAGAAAACUGAUUAUAAACCAAGUCCAAAAUGGCUGCUCUAUAACGUAUAGUUUCACUGAACACCAGAACCUGAGCGAGGUCUGUCACAUUAAAGCAGCAUUCCCUCACAUCCUGGACCUUUUGAACACACACUUCACAUAUGAAAAGGGUUCUGAUAACUAUCGCUAUACAAGCUCACUAAAGGACCUGAUCUACCACAUUUAUUCCCAGAAAUGCAUCCCUCCUAUCAAUGAAGAGAUUGAGGAAAAUCCAGUGAAGUUUGCAAGACUGUACACGUCUUUGCCCAGGGAGGGUCUACAAAAAACAGAGGAGGUAUUUCAAAUGUACAAAAGGCUGAUGAGUACAAGUGACAAACCUGUAAAUUGGAAUUGUGAGGAUGAGUAUGCAAAUAAUGUUCCAGAAUCCACCACUGCACUUUACCCCCAAGCGACAGGUACCCCAGAGUGCCAGUGCUCUUGCCCUGACCCUAUGAAGGCAUUUAUGUUCACCAGAUCUAUUCCAACUGCAUCACCUUCAUCUCUCCACACCCAAUCAGGAGCAUACAUCUUCAGGAACAAGAAUGAAGCAUCUAGUGCACCUGACCCUGCAGUUAAAGAUGAAGCACCAAACUCAACUCAAAAUCAGAUUUCUGCAAUUUCACAAACUUCUACAAACUUCAUUACUUUCACCACUCGAAAUUUGAUGGAUAACAGCAGUGAUUCUUCUGUACCGAUGAGGAGUGAGCCACAAUCAGUUACAUCCUCGCCCAUUGCAUCAUCAAGUGAAUUACCAAGCAUACCAACAAGAGCUCCUCUCCAAUCAGCAACAUCACAGCCCUCUGAAAAAAUAAACACACCACUAAUUUCUGAUAGCAACCCAGUGCUAGUACUUGCCAAGAGGUCUUUAGAUACCAGAGAGCAAGGAAUGCUGUCUGAUUCCUUCUCCAAACUGCUCCAGAGGUGGAUUACUGAAACCGUAGGACUUAAGAAGAAUAAGAUGGUCAAACCUCUAGAGAUCACACCUGGAGAAACAGAAAACCCUCCUGUUGAACAUGUUGAACAGAACAGUCCUACGCACCUCCAGAUGCAUCUUCACAAGGCCAAGUCCUUACCAGGGAAUGUGUUUAAAAUCAUCAGCAACGAACCAGACUGCAAAGAUUCCAGAUGUCAAACAGUCACUGAAGACAGAUCAGAGCAGAGACCCAGAGAUCGUGUAAAGAGACACUCGGUGGAAAAAGAGUACCAACUUAUCCACAGCUCUCUGUACACAACGUUCCUGAUUACAUCUGUGUGCUUAUUACUACUGUUCAUCACUGUCCUGUUCUACUGCAAGCAGCAACGGAUCAAGGAUCUACAAAAAGAAGACAGGACCAUACAUUUUUGAAGGAAACAAGUGGAAAUUUGGAUGAUGCAACAUCUUGUUGAACAAUAUUCCAAAUAUUCCAAAAAUUUCAUAGGGGUGAGUGUGUUCGUGUAACAGCGUUGAGUGAAUUUUGUGGAAGAGUAAAAUGUACAUUUUUCAUGAAUGAUAAUGCAUGACUAAUGUUAAAGGAUGUUUCAAGCAUGAGAUGUUAAAAACGAACACACACACACACACACAAACACGUACAAAGCAAAAGUCAUAUUUUGAAGUAUUUUAAUUAUUAAAGUUAUAGUGGGCUGGGACAGGCAAAAAUAAAAAAUGCUGUAUAUUAUAUUAUAUUAUAUUAUAUUAUAUUAUAUUAUAUUAUUACUUUAAAUUUAUUUAUCUGAAAUAUGCACAAAUCUUGUUGUGAAGGACAAUUUACCUGUGUUUAAAAUGUUUUUUUUUUUUUUUCUACCUUUACAUACAUUGCAGAAUGUUCAAAAUAAAAUAUGGUUACUGUUGAUUAUUUCAUAUCAAGAGAUUGUGUUAAAGGCUUUCUGCUGAAUACAGUUAGACAUGAAUCUGGUGAUUUGACCAAAAAUGUAUCAACCACAAAAAUAUAAUAAAAUGAUCACCUGCUUUUAACUAAGCAAUU